CGCUGAGAGCUCGACUAUCGAGGACGCGUACGACUCGGUUGUUCCCGAUCUCAUCGUUUGUCGGCGCGACGUCUUCCUCCUCAUUGUCCUCGACACACCGCACAUCGCAAAUUUCGUAUCAAGACCGGUGAGAGAAACGGAGGUUGGGCCAGGGGAAUGGAAUAGAGGAACGGGUAUUGUUGUGCUGGCACUUUCCCUAGCAUCUUAUUUUCGAUGUGCUAAGGGGUUUCGGGCGAGCCUCGUCAACGCCGUUCUCGAUCUUCACGCCGCGCAGAUCAUCCACGGACAGCUCGAUCCGCGUCAUGUUCUACUGCGCGACGGGCGUCCGUGUAUCAUCGAUUUCAGCCGAGCCAGUGUCGGCCAUAUCUGUGACGGCUCCCAGUCCUUAUUGGGGAUUGGAGAGGGGCGGAUCGAGUUUGGACGGGAGGUUGAUCCUGGGAAGGAUGGGUUCGGGUGCGAUGAGAUGUAUGAGAUCUUAAAGGCUAUGCGCGUGUGGAGACCUGCGACACUACGAAUGUGCGGCUCAGACCACUGGGACGCGCGACUGGUACAAGACCCACAAGCGCUGGCCGACGCGGCUCUAGCAUGGUAA